UUUAACAUUGAAGUUGAAGAACUGAAGAAGAAGAAGAGCCAAAGAGCACGCACAGCCAUGGCUAUGGCGGUAGAAGUUGACUCCCAAAGCGAUUGUUGGCGUCUUCAAAUAGGGCAAUAUAUGGGCGAAAUCUCAGCCCUUUCUCUUCUCCUUCUCCGCAUUCCCCAUCAUCCUCUCUCCUCUCUCCCUUUCCUUCUCGCCGGCUCUGGUUCCCAGCUUCUGGUCUACGAUUUGGAGCUGGGGAAGAUGAUAAGCUCAUUUUACGUAUUCCAUGGGAUUCGCGUUCAUGGCAUCACUUGUUCGAGUUUUGAUUCCAACGAAAUUGCAGUAUUUGGGGAGAGGAGAGUGAAGAUUUUUAGCUUACGCGUUGACGACGAUGUGAAAUUGACACUUUUGCAGUCGUUGCCAAAGUUCGGUAGUUGGGUUUUGGAUGUUUGCUUCUUCAAGGGCAACGAGAGUUCAUUGCUUGGAAAAAACACCUUCCUUGCCAUAGGAUGCAGUGACAACUCUGUUUACUUAUGGGACAUUUCAAAGUCGAGCGUUGUUCUUCAAGUCCAAUCUCCCGAUAGAAGUCUUCUGUAUUCAAUGCGCUUAUGGGGUGACAGUCUCGAAGCUCUCCGUAUAGCAUCUGGUACUAUUUAUAAUGAGAUAAUUGUUUGGAAAGUUGUCCCUCAGGGCGAUUCACUUUCCAACGCUCUUCAACAUCAUGAUCCAAAUUGUACAGCUGUUCAUAUUUGUAAACUAGUUGGGCACGAAGGUUCAAUCUUCCGCCUAUCAUGGUCUUCCGAUGGUUCUAAACUGGUCUCCGUCUCUGAUGAUCGUAGUGCUCGUGUCUGGGAGGUUUGCUCUGGAACAGAAGACUAUGAAAACCUAAGGGAAUCUACUGGCCUCGUCCUUUUUGGUCACAGUGCCCGAGUUUGGGACUGCUGUAUUUUUGAUUCUUUGAUUGUCACUACCAGUGAAGAUUGUACGUGCCGCGUAUGGGGAUUAGAUGGCAAACAACUUCAAAUGAUCAAGGAACACUUAGGAAGGGGCAUAUGGCGAUGUUUGUAUGAUCCAAAAUUUUCACUUCUCAUCACUGCUGGGUUUGACUCUUCAAUCAAAGUGCAUCAGCUACGUACUUCACUUAGUUUGGAGGGAAACUUUGAGGCAAAGGAAAUCGACAGAACGAACAUAUACACUGCUCGUAUACCUAGUUCUUCGGAUUAUACUGGGUUGAUGGAUAGCAAAAGUGAAUAUGUUCGUUGCUUGCACUUCACAAAUGAGGAUACGCUUUAUGUUGCCACAAACCGUGGUUAUCUGUAUCGUGCUAAAUUAUUUGAGAAUGGUGAUGUAAGUUGGACUGAGAUUGUUCAAGUCAGUGAAAAGGUGCCAAUUGUUUGUAUGGAUUUACUGUCAAAACCGUUUAAGCCUGGCCGUGAUGUAGAGGACUGGAUCGCUGUUGGAGAUGGUAAAGGAAACAUGACAAUUGCCAGAGUUAUUGGUGACGUUUGUUCUCCUGAGGUGGACAUUUCAUUUUCUUGGUCGGCUGGACCAGAGAGACAGCUCUUGGGAAGCCAUUGGUGUAGGCCACUAGGAUACGGUUACAUCUUCACGGCUGAUCCCCGAGGAACAUUAAAAUUAUGGAGGCUGCGGGAUCCUUUACAACCUCUUCCCCAUAAUUCUGUGGAUAGUUGCAAUGUCUCUCUUAUAGCAGAAUUCACAUCCUGUUUUGGAAGGCGAAUAAUGUGUCUGGACGUGUCUUUUGAGGAUGAGGUGCUGGUAUGUGGAGAUAUACGUGGUAAUCUUGUUCUGUUUCCUUUGUUAAAAAGCACACUAGUGGGAACAUCUGUUGCAUCAGAUACGAAAGUAUCUGCCUUGGCUUAUUUCAAAGGGGCUCAUGGGAUAUCAACUGUCACCUCCGUUGCUGUUGCUAGACUACGUUCAAAUCGGAUUGAAAUGCGUUCGACCGGAGGAGAUGGAUGCAUAUGUUAUUUGGAAUAUGACAGAGAUGAACAGAAGUUGGAAUUUAUUGGGAUGAAACAAGCAAAAGAGUUAAGUUUGAUCCAUUCUGUUUGCACUGACAAUACCUCUGUUAAUGAGUUAUCCAGUGCCCACUAUGCAGCUGGUUUCACUUCUGUUGAUUUUAUUAUAUGGAACUUGAAAACCGAAACAAAGGUUUUGCAAGUUUCUUGUGGUGGAUGGCGGCGUCCUCAUUCUUAUUAUGUUGGUGAUCUACCAGAGAUAAAGAACUGUUUUGCAUAUGUAAAGGAUGAAGUCAUUCACAUUCAUAGGCACUGGGUGCCAGAUGGGUGCAGGAAGAUGUAUCCGCAGAAUCUUCAUAUGCAAUUCCAUGGGAGGGAAAUGCACUCGUUAUGCUUUAUCUUAGAAGAAACACAAUCUGGCAAAAAUGGGAAGCCCGGCCUUUUCUCGGAAUCUAGUUGGAUUGCUACUGGAUGUGAAGACGGAACUGUGAGGUUGACUAGGUAUUCUGCAGGUUUUGAAAGUUGGUCAGAAUCAAAAUUGCUGGGGGAGCAUGUUGGCGGAUCAGCAGUGAGGUCAAUAUGCUCUGUAUCAAAGAUACAUGUACUUUCAGCGGAUAUGACCAACGUACCUGAUGGUAGAAAGGGACAAGAUUUCUCUGAAGAGGGCAAAGAGUUUCCAUUUCUAUUGAUUUCCGUCGGUGCAAAGCGGGUCCUAACUUCUUGGGUACUAAGAAAUAGGAAGUUAUCCAAGACGGAACACACUCUUGCUGGAGAGCAACAUAAUGAAACGGGAAAUCGUAGUUUAUUGGAAACAUCAUCUUCUAUGACAUUCCAGUGGCUUUCUACUGAUAUGCCACCAAAGUAUUCCAGUUCUAACAAAUAUGCCGCAAACAUUGGAAAGCUAAAUGGUGUAGCUGAGGAUACAUCUAGUAUUAAAGCUGAUGUAGAAACUGAAGAGGGGAAGAUGCAGUUGAAAUCCUACAAUAGAGCCAAAUGUGAAGAUGAUUGGAGAUACCUGGCUGUCACUGCUUUUCUUGUUAAAUGUGCUGGUUCCAGGUUGACUGUCUGUUUUGUUGUUGUCGCUUGUUCAGAUGCCACACUAGCAUUACGUGCUCUAGUUUUGCCCUAUAGAUUAUGGUUUGAUGUGGCAUUGCUGGUACCUCUAUCAUCACCAGUUCUAGCGUUGCAGCAUGUCAUUAUUCCCACAUGUCUGCCUUCUAAAGAGAACGUUCAAUGUGGAAAUGUGUAUAUUGUCAUUAGUGGAGCUACUGAUGGAAGUAUUUCCUUCUGGGAUGUAACUGGCAGUGUUGAAGCUUUCAUGCACCGAAUAUCGGAUCUUCAUGUGGAGAAGUUCAUUGACUGUCAGAAACGGCCACGAACAGGAAGGGGGAGUCAGGGUGGACGAUGGUGGAAAUCCCUGGGCAGCAGCAUGUUAAAAAACAGCGGAGAGAUGGAAUCAAUCACCGUAAGAUCUGGAGUGGGUGCUUGUCAAGAUUUCCUAAAUCUUGUUACACAUGGAAACUUAUCAAGGGAAAAUAGUUCAGGAAAUAGCACAAUGGCUUCUUCUCAAGCUAUUCAUGUUGCCUCCAAUAAGUCUGCGGAUGAUUCCUCAUCUGAGAUAUGUGAAAUAUGUCCUGUACAUGUAUUAGAGAGCAUUCACCAAUCCGGCGUCAAUUGUCUUCACGUUUCAGAUGUGAAAGGUUGCCAGAGUUCUGACAGUGGUUUUCUUUACCAUGUACUUAGUGGGGGUGAUGAUCAAGCCCUGCACUGCCUUAGAUUUGAAUUGGCAUUGCCAUUAGCAGGACAGGAAGCUGAAGUAAGCACGCCGCAAAUGAAAAUUUCAGUCACUGGACUUGGAGAUGCGGAUAACUUUGUUCAGUCCUGCCAAAACCAUAACCGGAAUUGUAAUAUCAGAUUUUUAAGUCGUGAUAAAGUCCUCUCAGCUCAUACCUCUGCUGUAAAAGGUAUCUGGACAGACGGCUCUUGGGUGUUUUCUACCGGUCUUGAUCAGCGUAUCCGGUGCUGGCGUCUUGAGGGGCAAGGUAGACUAACUGAGUAUGCCACUAUGAUCAUUAGUGUGCCGGAGCCAGAAGCUUUGGAUGCCAGAUUCUGCAGCAGGGGCUAUUAUCAGAUUGCAGUAGCGGGAAGAGGAAUGCAAAUGGCUGAGUUUUCUGCAUCUUCUAACCUGAAUUGAUGUGUGUAAGAGAACAAGGUCGUUUUGCUGAUUUUUUAUCCUCCAUUUCUGGCAUCUUAUCAUGGGUAUCUUUUAUUGCCCAGAAACUGGUCUGCCGUCUGCCAAAAAGUCUACGUUAUAUGUUGUCUUCAAUUAAUUGGUUCCUUUAAUUUAUUUAUUCUUUUUCAGUUUCAAGAUCCUAAAACACCAUAUUGAUUUCUGACCUCGGUGAGAAGGGGCCUGUAUCUACGCUAGAUUGAGGACAUCCAAAUUUGUAAAUUUCAGGAUCGGCGAGGUGGUCAGCAAGAUUCUCGAGAGGACCCUUUCCGGUUACUAUGGCCUGUACAAAGAAACCAAACAUGGA